CCAGGAGCUGGGGAUUGAACCCACAACCUUCCUAUUAGGGGACGACUUGCUCUGCCUCUGCGCCACAGCCGCCCAAAUUUAAGUGUUUUCUAUUCAUGUUAAUAUAUUUAAAUAUACUUAUAACUGUUAAUAAUUGUUCAAUUUGAAGUUCAAAUUUGCCUUAGCAAUAAUAAAAGCUUUCUUUUAAUAUCCUUGAUAGUCAUUUUGUGCUUCUUUCAAACAAAAAAAAACCCAACAACUAUUGGUUCGGGCACUGGCAUCAGUACAGCUUUAAAAGUAUAAUUUUAGCACCGGUAUUAAAAAUAAACCAAACAAUAACCAACUCUAAUCAGACUGCAUUAGUUUUAUCUAGGUUUACCUAAUAAACUGACAGUUGAGUGUAUAUUUUCUAUGUAAUGAUCAGUACUAAACUUUGCCAAGGUACCUCCAAUCACUUCCUGACAGUAUUAUUGUUGUUUUAGUAGGUGUCCUUUCCCUGACUAGUCUGUAUCUUUUGUGUCUUUAUUUGCUGUUUUCAGAGUUGAAAUGUGCUGAUGGGAAGAAAAGCAUUUGAAGGACAUUAACUUCCACCGAUAAGCCACGUCAUGAGUUCCUCAGAAAAGUUGAAACAGACCGACAAGAGCAUACCUCAUCAGUGUCCAGUGUGUGGGAAGUCUUUCAGUCGGAUCUGUAGUCUAAGAAGACAUGAACUCACUCACACUGCAGAGAAACUGUACCACUGUGAACAAUGUGGCAGCAGUUUCAACCAACUAAAUGCAUACAAGCUACACCUGCAUACCCAUGCUGAAGAAACACCAUACUGCUGUGACCAGUGCGGGAGGAAUUUCAGCAGCCAAAGUUCAUUUAGAAAACACAUGACUGACCACACUGGACCAUACCAGUGUGACCAGUGUGAAAAGACUUUCAGUUACUUAAGUAUUUACAAGAUACACAUGCGUGUCCACACAGGAGAGAAACCAUACAGCUGUGACCAGUGUCCAAAGCAUUUUAGUUUUUUAAGUUCAUACAAGCGACACCAGCUUAGCCACAGUGGAGAGAAGCCAUACCAGUGUGAUUUUUGUGGAAAGAGUUUCACUCAGUCAGGGCAUUUUAGUCUGCAUCUGCGUAACCACACUGGAGAGAAACCAUAUGAGUGUGACCAAUGUGAAAAGACUUUUAGUGACUUAAGUAGUUAUAAGAUACACAUGCGUGUCCACACAGGAGAGAAACCAUACUGCUGUGACCAGUGUGGAAGGAGUUUCUCACAGUUGGGUAAUUACAAAUCACACAUGCGUAUCCACACCGGAGAAAAACCAUUCCGCUGUGAACUAUGUGAGAAAAGUUUCUCCAUUUCAAAAACGUACAAACAACACUUACAUACCCACACUGGAGAGAAACCGCACCAGUGUAAAGAGUGUGGGAAAGGUUUCGGUCGACUAAGCAACUAUAUGCGCCACCUUCGUAUCCACACUGGAGAGCAACCAUACAGCUGUGACCAAUGUGGCAAGUGUUUUAAUAGUUCAUACAGUUACAGCCGACAUCUGCGUGUCCACACCGGAGAGAAACCAUACUGGUGUUCACAGUGUAAGAGACUAUUUACUCGAUCACAGUCCUUAAAGAACCAUCGCUGUGUUGAAGUAGAUGAAGACAGUCUGACUGUAUCUAAUAAAGAAGUACAAUUGAGCUGCUCCCCAACAGAACCCAAAAGUGACAAUCAAGAACCAACAUAAUAAAUCAGUGUGUAUGUUCUUGGUAAUAAAAGAACAUGUCACCCAGUGUAACGGUGUGUCAGUGAUGUUUUUAAUAUGGUCUUUUCAUAGGAACUUCUGAUAUUAAGUCAAAUAUAGAUUAUAUCAC